CGAAUCCCACUGUGACUUUGCUCCCUGUUCUGCAGUAUUUGGGGGGAGCCAAAGGAGGGAGAUCGCAGCUGCUUCCUCCCUCUCCAGCUGCGAACAAGCCCACUGCGGUGCCAGGGUGAACGCUGCCUGCCUGUCUUGGGGCCGCCAGGUGCCCACAAGUUUGGGCACAGAGCAGUUUCGCAAACCCCCCAGCUCUCCCCCCCCGCUUGUGGCCUCCCCGCUUACAACAUUCAAGCGGGAUCAGGAGGAGGAGGCGGCGAGCAGGGGUGGAUCACUCCCACCCCCGUGGGACCACGCUUGAAACUCUUGUUAGGUAUGUGGUUCCUAGGUCAGCCGCAGCACGCUGGAUCCGGCUAGGAAGAAGCUGAGACAUUUGGGCAGGAACCUGCCUCUAGAGUAGCCGCAGAAGCAGCAACGCGGCAGCGCCAUGGAGAACGUGGAGUUCAGAGGCGGACCGGAGAGAUUUCCAGACAAAGAUCCCCGGCUGAAUGCAGUGUUUGUGGAUCAGGGGCAGAUGAUGGUGGAGCAGAGGGGAGGGGAUGGGUUCAAAUUAGUGGAAGUGUUGCUGACUGGAGGGGCUCCUUGGGGCUUCACCUUAAAAGGAGGAAGAGAGCAUGGGGAACCUCUCAUCAUCACCAAGAUUGAAGAAGGGAGCAAAGCUGCAGCUGUUGACAAGUUACUGGCUGGAGACGAAAUUGUCAGCAUCAAUGACGUGGGCCUCUCUGGGUUCAGACAAGAGGCGAUCUGUCUGGUGAAGGGAUCUCACAAGACUCUAAAGCUUAUAGUGAAAAGAAAUGAUCUAGCCUGCAGGCCCCACUCCUGGCAUGCAACCAAAUUCACAGAGAAUCAGCCUGAGGCAGCCACGUCACAGCUCUCCUCAACCAAUGUCUGCACUUCCUGGCACUCCCGGUAUCAUGCAAGCUCCUCCUCUCAUGACCUGUCAAACUCAUGGGAUCAGUCAAAUCUGCAUCGCACGUCUGAGCAAUUCAGUUCCCUGGGAAGUAUGGACAGCUGGGACCACACUCUCCAAACAUCCCAGUAUGGAAGGCUUUCCUCUGCAAAGUCCAACAAUAGCAUUGAUCAUGUAGGGAACCAAAGCAAGCGGGAUUCCGCCUAUGGCUCUUUCUCCACUAGUUCGAGUACUCCUGAUCACACUCUGUCCAACAUGGAUGCUGCUUCAACGGAGAACAUGCUGUACAAAGUAGGCCACUGGGACACUGCGAAGCAUGGAAAUAGCAAGACUGGCCAGUUAGUGAAUGAUGACAGCGGACUGGAGGACAAACCUGGAUACUUGCCACUUCCCAUUCAAUAUGAGACUAGAAAGAGCCCUAGAUUGGAGGAACAGCCUGAUUCCAAGCUCUCUGGUUCUGGAAGAUCAAGUUUUGGACCUAUCUGGCAUGUUCCUGAUAAAAAAUCAUCCUCCCCUCCACCACCACCUCCACCUCUCCGUAGUGACAGUUUUGCUAUUACCAAAGGCCACGAGAAGACCCAUGGUUCAGCAUACUCAGAGGGUGCCAGCACCCAGCACUUUACAGUUCUGAACCAAUCUCCGCAUAGGAGGGACUGGAUCUCAGAAACUGCAGAACAACCAAGAAGACCUGUUAGGGCAAGUGACAGGAGCACAGAUGGAAAGAGGGUCAAUAAUUCCAAUUACAAAUCUGAUAUUAGUGUGGACUACAAUUUGUCCUCUGCUGGUGAUAGGUACAACAAUAAUUCAGGAAAUGCUAACAGACUGCAGUCCUCUUUGUCCAGCACUGAUAUUCGGUUUGCACAGCCUGCUUACGGUUACCACCACCAGCGCCAAUACAGCGAUGAAAGCACUUUCUUUCACCAUGCAAGGGCUUCGACUUCGCCUAAAGAGCAGCGACAUGUUUCCUCUUACAGUGGCAAUAAAGAGCUACUUGCCAACCACUUUCACUGCUACGGACCAAACCAAGCCAGAAUGUUCAGUGCUUCUUCUAACAAUGAUGCAGCUGAACAGAAAGUGGACAACACUGGACAGAGUCGUUAUUAUUGUGUCACAGCAAAACAGCCUCUUCAGGGAAGCUCACGGCCACUACAGCUCAAGGAUGAAUGUUGGAAACCUGGAAUAGGGGCUGAGGUUUCCCCUGGACCACAUGAAAAUCCUGCCGUAGUCACGAUGGUCCAAAAACCAAAGUACUAUUUACCGCAACAACCUGUCGAGCCUUUGCUAGAAGGGCACAAGAAGAGUGGUCACUAUGUAGUGGACAGUGGAGGGGAUGUUAAGUCUACUGUAGUGGAAGAUCCUAAAAAAACAGGUUUUACUGAAAAACCUGGUCAAAAGAAAAACUUUGGCAGUUUCGAGGAAAAUGACAAUAGCUACAGUCAGCAGGAGUGUACAAAGAGCUGUGUCCCUAUCACUGAACACAGAGCUGCCCAAAAAGAAAUCAAGUGGCGACCAGAAGAUAGUAGUAAGAUUUCUGCUCAGAAGACCCCAAUUUUGCACUCUUUAGCUCAGGAAGGGAAAAACCAGUCAGACAACUGCCUGGAAACUGUAAUGGAUAGACAGCCCCCGUUUGAUACGCAUACAGCUAAGCAGGCACGCAGAAGUGAUCGCUUUGCAACAACCCUGAGAAACGAGAUCCAAAUGAGGCGAGCGAAGCUGCAGAAAAGCAAAAGCACUGCUACCUUAAUAGGGUCAAGUGAAACAGAAGAGGACACUGUAAACUGGAAACUAGAUUCAGUGGAGAACUUAAACACGCCUUCAGAGAGUUCUUUUACCGGCUCCUACACGGAUCACGUGAAGGAGGCCCAGGCCAGGGUCCUGAGGGCUACUUCCUUCAAACGGCGGGACUUGGAACCUAGCCCUGCUGAUUAUCUCCCUAGGUCACCAGAACGGAAGACAAAUAAUUGCAACUCUUCCUUGUUGGCUUGGGUUUCUGAAGAUGUGUCAGGUUUUCUUGAGGCUAUGCAGGCUAAACCAAACUCAUCAGGGGCUGGCACUCAUCAUAUCUCCCGCAUUGGAGCUAGGAAGAGGUUCACAGCAGAACAAAAACUGAAGUCUUACUCUGAACCAGAGAAGAUGAAUGAAGUGGGGGUGUCAGAAGAUGACUGCCAUCCCCACCGCCGUCCAAAUACAUCUGACGAAGCCCUGGGCUCUUUUGCAGAUAAGUGGAAAUUCUUUGAAGAAACGAGUAAGCCCACAUAUUAUAAGUCUGCACAGAAACAAACUCCCCACAGUCUGCCUGAGAGGCCUGAUAAAAAAGCUCAUGGACACGAAGGUGAGGAGUCUUGGUAUGAUAGACGGGCUCGGGCAGCCUCUUUUGGAAUUGAAAGUACACGAGCUGCAAAAGAUCAUGUCCAUUACCUUGCUCACAAGUCUGCAGACAAAAUGGUGAAAACUGAACAGCCUCAGAGGUUGGGAACAUUUGCAGAAUAUCAGGCAUCCUGGAAAGAGCAGAGGACACCUCUAGAGGCAAGGAGUUCAGGAAAGUACCAUUCAGCUGAUAACAUCCUUGAUGCAAGCCAUGAGCAGCAUGAGAAACCCCAGUACACACAUGAGAGAUCCAGAUCGUCCCCUUCUGCUGAUUUCUACAAACAGGAAGUCACAGUUGAAGUAAGGAGGCAAACUGAGGAUUCAGGGGAAGAUGGGGAGUGUAUUUCCUCCAAAACUAACACUGAUGAGCAGAAUUGCACUCUAAGCUUCUUUUCUCAGCUCACAGUAUCUCUCCAUCCUCCCCUAAGCAGAGAACAACCCUGCCUUCUUUCUGGGUCUCCGAGGCAAGCUGAUACAGGAUUCCCAGAAGAUAACCCAGGAGAACAAAGGGCUCAGCUGGACCAAAAUUUAGGACCCAAAUGGAAGGCAUCUGUUAGACCAUUUCAAACAAGAGAACCUAUUGUCUUGUCUCAAGAGAGCCGGAGAAGAUCCGAGACAUUGCCCAGUGAUUACAGAUACUCCCAGGAAAACGUGAAUGAGAAAAGCAAGGAUUGCAGCUUGCCCCUUCUCACUUAUUCUGAGCCGCAGAUACUGCAGGAGAGCCACUCCUGUCCACCACAAGGCAGAGGAGAGGAAAGUCAGUGGACAGAGCUGACGUUGCUGAACAAGAGACGUGGACCUGCCCCUCAGAGGCCUCCCCCACCCAAACGAGAUAAUAAAUACAGGGGCCAGGACAAUUCCACCUCGCUCAGCAUCUCUUCAGAAUCACUGCUGGCAGUACCCAGGAAGCCCAUUCAGUCCAUUUCCCCCAGCUCUGGUGAGGUAAUUACAGGUUACGUUCAGAGUCCUGCAGCAUUCAAUGGAAAACUAAAGAGCGCUCAUCCUCAGGGGCUCCGGCAAACAGCAUCCACAGAGAAUGUGUGUCAGCACUUAGAAGAGAAAGCACAUCUCAAAUCUGAACCUGUAUUGUCUUCAAAGUAUCGCUACCUUCAGAAACCUGGAAUGGAGACAUCAAGGUCCCCUUCACCUCAGUUUGCGCCACAGAAGCUGACUGACAAGCCUCCUGUAUCUGUCCAGGAUGAGAACCCAGCAAGAAUUGAAAGAGUAAUUGAUAACAACACUACAGUAAAAAUGGUUCCCAUCAAGAUAGUUCAUUCUGAGAGCAAUGCAGAGAAGGAAAGUCGCCAGAACCUCGUGAGCACCAUGGAGCCUCCUGCCUUACCUAUUGGUUUGGAGAAGGACCAGAUUAAAACACUCAGUACGUCUGAGCAAUCUUACUCGCGUUUCUGUGCUUACACAAGGCGGGGUGUAGAACCAGAGCCUGAGAGCAAAACCAGACCUCUUGACUUUCAAUCAGCUGAAGCACUUGGGAACAACUUGAAGGACAGCGAUGCCUCCAUCCCUGUAAUCAGCUACGUGAAGGCCAAAGAGAAGACCUUUGAAGACUGGAAGUCUGAGGAACUAGCCAGAGAGAUUGUGGGAAAGGAUAAAUCUCUAGCAGAUAUUUUGGAUCCUACUGUGAAAAUAAAAACUACGAUGGAUCUGAUGGUGGGAAUCUUCCCUAAAGAUGAACACCUCUUAGAAGAAGCUCAACAACGCAGAAAGCUCCUACCAAAAGUUCCUUCUCCAAAAAUUGCAGAGGAAAAGAAAGAGGAGCAGGGCAUGCCUUCUGCCAUCUCCUUGACAACCAGUUCCACUUACUACAGCACAUCUGCACCAAAAGCAGAAUUGCUGAUUAAAAUGAAGGACAUGCAGGAGCAACAGCAGCAGCAGAGUGAAGAGGAUUCUGAAGAUGAGCUUGAUCAUGACUUGUCAGAAAAGAAGCAAAAACUCAUUGACAGCAUUAGUAGGAAGCUGCAGGUGCUGCGUGAAGCUCGGGAAACACUCCUGGAAGACAUCCAAGCGAACAAUGCACUAGGAGAUGAGGUGGAGGCAAUUGUGAAAGAGGUCUGCAAACCUAAUGAGUUUGACAAGUUCAAGAUGUUCAUCGGGGACCUGGACAAAGUGGUCAACCUGCUGCUGUCACUGUCAGGUCGUCUGGCUCGCGUGGAAAAUGCCCUGAAUAACUUGGAUGAAAAUGCCUCUCCUGAAGAACGGCGGACAUUGAUAGAGAAGCAGAAGCUGCUGACUCAGCAGCAUGAAGAUGCGAAGGAACUGAAGGAAAACCUGGACCGACGGGAGCGGAUUGUCUUUGACAUUUUGGCUAACUAUCUAAGCGAAGAGAGCCUAGCAGAUUAUGAGCACUUUGUAAAGAUGAAGUCAGCCCUUAUCAUUGAGCAGAGAGAGCUAGAGGACAAGAUCAAGCUGGGGGAGGAGCAACUCAAGUGUCUGACCGACAGUCUCCAACCUGAAAGGCUCAAAUAAGAGGUCAAGGCCUGACCAAAGACUUGAAAAGUGGUGGUUGGGCACAGUUUCCAAGUAUGCAAGUGAAACCCCUGACUUGUAUCUGUGUCUAGUAGGCGGAGUUAGACAAGAGAAAAAUAGCUACUCUAGCAAUAAUGAUCUUUCUUGUUGUUUGGAUGAUGUAUUUAAUUUUUAAACCCUUUUUUUAAUCCCCGACUCUACAGCUGUUUUAGUCUCUCAACCUAUUCUAUAGAAAGUUCUGCAGGAGGCAGAGGAUAGAUUCUAAGCUUUGAAUUCAAUGUAUUGUGAAGUCUGUUGCAAUAGUGCAUGCAAACAAUAAUGGUUUUCAAAAUAAGUUAUGUGAUAGUCUUUAUUGUCUUCAGAUGCUGCACAAACUGCUGGGAAGCCCAAAAGCAAAUGAAUAAAGAAGCUCUAAUUUUAGGGAUUUUUCUUUUACAGUCACAUCAAGUAGGAGAAGUGUGUGUCAUGUGUCUGAUACUAUAUUCAGAUUGCUCUCACUUUGAUCCUAAUACAUCAGACGCUUUUUCUUUGUAACGUAUCUCAUAAGAGAAGUUCUCACUUUCUCCUUUCAGAAAAUAAUUUCAAAACCAAUCUCAGCUGGCUACAGGCUAAAGCAACUUGAAAAUCAUUUAAGAUCUAUGUUACUGAAGUUAAGAACACAUGGUUUAGAGAAACAUCGUGGUUGGGUUUUGGGGUUUUUUUUUGACAUCACUUAGAAACAGUUGUGGGCCCGUUUAUAUUGUAACAUUUUUCCGACCAAGCUAUUUGAUUUAAAAAAUGGGACUGAGGAUGCCUUGCCAGUUUGGGUCAAUUCAUUUAUCAACUAAACUAUUUGGAAAAUGUAUUUGCUGCUUUGGGUUUCCCCCCAGCACAGCUACCUUGUAGGAAAAAGUCACUAAGUUAACAUGGCAAAUCGAAUUGCUUUUAUUUUCCUUCUGUUUGUUCAACAGUUCACCUUUUUUAUAUAAAUGGUUAAGUUAUAGUCAAGAUGACCCAUGUAAUGCUAUUUCUUUCUUCUUUCUCUCACCACCAAAUGCAAUAUAAACACCUAGGCCACAUAAAUACUCCUAGGCCACAUGAGUUCAAUGCAGUAUUCAGAGUAACUUUGGUUUGUGACUGUGAACAUCUGUAUUUUUUUCACUUCACAUAUUGACAUAUACACUUCAAUGAUAGGACACUAUUUUGUCAGUCCAAGACUACUGGAGGUGAUAUAGUAACACUGCCAUCCAGUAAAACUCUGAUAAUUUGCAUCAUGCUAACCCAUCUCUUAACACAAUGAUGGGAUUAACUGAUUUGAUCUCCUACAAAUACUACAGAAUUGCUCCGUGUAUACGUGUAUUAUCUCUACGUUAAGGUAUAGCUUUUAAGGGCAAACAGGAAUCUUAGCUUCAUGUAGAGACUAUUUAAAUUAUAUAAAGGAAGCCCUUUCUCUCCGUGUUUCGAUAACAAACAGAUUCUACAACAAGGAGCUACUUUUAAGGCUGACAUGGAUACCAGUCUGUAGCAAACUCUUUGGACAGUACAAGCAAUUAAAGGUAAAACAGAAUGAGAGAAAAUCAACUCUUUACACUGUUCCUGCAAUUUUAAUAUUGACAAAAGGUUCUUUUUUUUUGUCUAUUAUCAAAAUCCUCCUCUUUCAGUGCUUAACUUGGUCACUUUUUCCUGAUCAGUGAACUGCUUUCAUUGCAGGGACUUGGCACAAAAACUUCUCUAAAACCAAGCCCUUCGCAGACAGCUAUAAAAGUUAAAAGGACCAUUUUGCCUAUUAUACGAUCCUAAUUCAUGUAUCCUGGGCCAGAUCUUCAAUUGGUGUAAAUCCACUCCAUCAAAGUCAAAUGGAGCUACUGAUUUAGACUACCUGAUGAUCUGGCCUUAAUUUCUUCUUACAGUUUACAAAACUUAGACUUCUAACGAAAUCCCACAAAUAUUUGCUGCUAUGUUAAUUGAUACUAGGACCAGUGAGUUUUCUCUUUGGACCCAUUCCUUAUCCAUAAGAAACCCUAAGCUAAAUAAUUCCCAAGUAAAUUAUGUUUAGCGUUAGUCAAUUAGUGUGCAUUGUUUUACCUGUGACUUUUUAAAAAUUUUUACAUGUUGUGGUUACUCUGAUGUGUAUGUGAAAUGUGACUGUGAAUAAUAAUAUAAUUCAUUAUGUGUGUACAGUACUUUGAUUUAGAUCUUUCUUAAAAAGAUAGCAAUACUGAAAGUGCUAUAUAUAUUAUCAUUUUCACAAAGCAGUAUAUACAUUCACCAUGUCCCACUUUCUUCUUCUUAAAUUGUGCUCAAAAGCUCUGUUAGUUGGGACCAGAAGAUGGCUGUCUCCCAAUGUUAUAUGUAAAUCUGUAAAUAGAUAUAUUGUUGCUUUAAAAAAAUUCUGGUGCUAAUAUUUUGCCUUUGGCAUCAUUAGGUGAUGGCUGCUACUUCACUUUAUGUCAUCUCUCAAUUUUAGAUCUCUUUGUAUAGUGAAAGAUUUCUGUCAGGUUUUUCCAGUUGUUUGGAUUUUGCAGCCCAGAGUGAAAAUGUGUACAGUUUUCUUGCUUGACACUUAACAUUUACCUACUGACAAAUCAUACUGCUUGACUUUGAGGAAAUAAACUGUAUAUUUCAGUGUA